AUCCCGCGUGAGUGGGUUGACGAGACUACUUCCAGGUGGAAAACGCGGUUCUUGGAAGCUGGCUGACUUGACGUCUACCCCAUGGGCAAGCGCAGGAGCCGGAGCCAGAGCCAGCUGCUCAACUCCCUAACCAAAAAGCAGAAGAAGCAUCUAAGGGAUUUCGGCGAGGAGCAUCCCUUCUAUGACAGGGUUUCCAGAAAGGAAGCAAAACCACAGACUUGUCAACUGUCAGAGAGUUUAGAUACUUCAAGUUCUGAAAGUGAAGCAGAGAGUGAACCAGAACAAGUUUCUGGUUACAACAGACUACUUGCCACAUUAAAGGAUAUUUCCAAGGAAGAUGAGGAGGAGGAAGAGGAAGAAGACAGUGUUAUAGAUGAGACAGAAAUGAAUCUUGAAGAUGGCGAUAGUGACAUCAGUGUGGAGGAAGAGACGGCAGUAGCGUCUACUGACGUGCAGAAGAAUGCAGCCUUACCUGCUGACCCUAAGGGAAAAGAUGGGCACGGGCCACCUGGCACAUUAGAGGAAUCCCCAGAGGAGUUUACAGAUGCAAAACAUGAGUCACUCUUCAGCCUAGAAACCAACUUUCUCGAAGAGGAAAGAGAAGGCAACUGUUCUCUGAAAGCAUUACAAGAUCCAUUUGCACAACAUGUAAACAAAGAACUGAAAGAAAAAGAAAUCCAGGCUGUUGCCACAAAUCCCAAAACUACCCACCAACUAAAAUGGCCCAUCCUGGGCCAGCUUGUCUUUUCAUCCAGGUUUCAACAGUUGGAAACCUUUAAACCCCCAAAGGACAUUGACUUAAAGUCACUUCAUCUCCAGAAGCCUCUGGAAUCCACCUGGAUCAAGACCAACAGCCGGUUCCUCUCUGGCCCCCCAAAUUCAAGUAGCCCCUUCACACCCCUCCAGAAAGAGCUCUUCUUAAUUAUGAAUUCUUACCGGGACCUAUUCUACCCAGAAAGGACUGCCCUGAAGAAUGGGGAAGAGAUCCGCCACGUGUACUGCCUGCAUGUGAUAAAUCACGUCCUCAAAGCCAAUGCCCAGGUGCUUGCCAACAACAGCAGAUGCCGAAGCCAGAAACUUGGGGUGGGUGAUGAUGAUGACUUCAGGGACCAAGGGCUAACGAGGCCCAAGGUGCUGAUAGUGGUGCCAUUCCGGGAAGCUGCUUUGCGGGUGGUACAGCUCUUCAUCAGUCUUCUUGAGGGCGACAGCAAGAAGAAAAUAACUGUAAGCAACAAAAAGAGGUUUAAUGGAGAGUAUGGCUCAGAUCCCGAGGAGAGACCACCCAACCUGAAGAGGCCUGAGGAUUAUGAAGCUGUAUUUGUCGGCAACAUCGAUGACCACUUCAGGACUGGAGUGGCAAUACUGCAGAGAAGCAUCCGACUUUAUGCCCCCUUCUAUUCGUCAGACAUCCUCAUUGCCUCUCCUCUGGGCUUGAGGACCAUCAUUGGUGGAGAAGGAGAGAAGAAGAGAGAUUUUGACUUUCUGUCUUCUAUUGAGCUUCUCAUCAUUGAUCAAGCUGACAUUUACCUGAUGCAGAACUGGGAGCAUGUCUUGCAUUUGAUGAACCACAUGAACCUACUGCCCUUGGACUCACAUGGGGUGGACUUUUCUCGAGUGCGCAUGUGGAGCCUCAAUAAUUGGUCCAAGUACUAUCGUCAGACGCUGCUGUUUGGGGCCCUGCAGGAUGCCCAGAUCAACUCUGUAUUCAACAAGUACUGCGUCAAUGUGCAAGGCCAGGUGGCUGUGAGGAACGUCCCGAUGACAGGCUGCAUCAGUCAUGUCCUGGUGCAGCUCCCACAUGUCUUCCAGAGGAUGGAAGCUGAAAACCUAGCUUCAGUGAUUGAUGCCAGUCAGGGGACCCAUGGUAGCAGAAUGGUGCUUAACACAUGGUUUAACUUUUUCGUCAACAAGAUUUUGCCUCAGUAUCGUGAUGCAGUCAUGUCUCACACGCUUAUCUAUGUCCCCUCCUACUUUGACUUUGUGCGUCUCCGAAAUUACUUCAAGAAGGAGGACCUGAACUUCACUCAUAUCUGCGAGUACACCCAGAAGUCUGGUGUCUCCAGGGCCAGACACUUCUUCCUUCAAGGAGAGAAGCAGUUCCUGCUCCUCACAGAGCGCUUCCAUUUCUACAAAAGAUACACAAUAAAAGGCAUCAGGAACCUGAUUUUCUAUGAACUGCCAACAUAUCCGCACUUCUACAGUGAAGUCUGUAACAUGCUGCAAGCCACCACCAGAGGAGAGGAAGCUGCCUGGACCUGCACUGUCCUCUACUCCAAGUACGAUGCCCAGAGGUUGGCUGCUGUGGUCGGGGUGGAGCGGGCUGCACAGAUGCUGCAGUCCAAGAAGAACGUCCACCUCUUCAUUACUGGAGAGAGAUGAGAAUUGGUUGGACAGGAAAUGGUGUUUGGUGUGAUAUGUCAUGCUUGGUUCUGUGUCGCUUGGACCUGAUUCUGAUCACUUACACCAAGAAGGGCUGCAACAAGGAAGGAGCACCAGGCAGGUUCUUAUCAGAUACUUCCUUCUUUUCAGAUGAUAUAUACCUGAAAAGUUCAGUGUAAACCAGAUUUUGGUAAAACCCAUCUUUCAGAGGUCAGGGGAGAGAGCUCAUGGGACUCUGAGAAGUUGAUAGAAGGAAUCUUCUACUUGUGAAUUUUUUUGUACGCCAUAAAUUCUUUUGUUGUGACUUCACCUCUAAUUUAUUACACUUGGUAAAUUCUU